GAGAAAAGAUUAAAGCAUAUGAAAUAACAGUAUACUUCACAGGACACUGCAGAUGAUUAUGUCUUGAAUUAUGAAUACCCCUUUUAGAAUAAUCCUUUACCUCCUUUGAGGUCACCAUUUCAUUGUUGAGAUUUUUCAAUUAGCCUCCUAGUGGCAUGGUUAUUUUCUUCUCAUUAGACUGGUUACACACCUCUGAAGACAAUCCAGCUUUUUAAUGCCCUCUCAAUAAUGUACUCAAGAUGUUAUUUGACUAGAAGAGAAUAGAAUGCAGUUAUCAGCAAAUCUCUUGCAAUACUAGUCAAAAGUCACGUUGUGGGAGACGACUAAGCCUAAUAUCAGAUGACCUAAUAAAAGGAAAUAACAGAAUAAAGGGAGGAGGCCCUUCCAAGGAAGGAGAAUGGCCAUGGCAAGCCAGUCUAAAAUGGAAUGGCAAGCACCACUGUGGGGCAUCCCUGAUCAGCAAGAGUUGGCUGGUGUCUGCAGCUCAUUGUUUUGUAAGGUCUAAUGACACCACAAAAUGGACUGUCACUUUUGGGAAUAUGGUAAAUCAUCCCUACAUGAAAAGAAAUGUUAAGACAAUUAUUGUUCAUGAAGAUUAUCAAAUUCGCCUUAAGGAUGAUAUUGCUUUGGUACAGCUUACUGAAGAAGUCACUCUUACAAAAGAUGUUCGCAGUAUUUGUCUUCCUGAUGCCACACAGAAUUUUUCAGCAGGUGACAGGGCUAUUGUUACAGGAUGGGGAAAAUUUUAUAUGAAUGGACCUCAUCCAGAGAUACUUCAUCAAGCAACUGUGCAAAUCAUUGAUACAGAUAUUUGCAAUGCCCCACAGGCAUACAAUGGUUCGAUUACAGAUUCUAUGCUAUGUGCAGGAUAUAUGAGUGGGAAAGCUGAUGCCUGUAAGGAUGACUCUGGUGGCCCAUUAGUUUCACUUGAUCCUACAGGUAUCUGGUACCUCAUUGGAAUAGUGAGCUGGGGAGAUGGAUGUGGUAAAGUGAACAAACCAGGUAUCUACACUAAAGUGACUUUCUACCGUGACUGGAUUGCUAACAAAACUGGAAUCUAAAGAAGUGAUAUGUGGAACUUAACAAAGAUUAUUGAAAGUCACAAAUUUUUGAGAUCAAGAAGUCAUAUUUAAUAUGUAUUUCUUCAGUAUUCUGAAUAAUGAUCAAAAUUUUGUCUUGAAAUCAUGCUUGGAAAAUUGCUUAAUCAUAUACAUAUUUCUAUAUGAAUAAAGACAAUCUUCAUGACCUAA